AUGCAUGUGUUCACGGUCCACUACAGUUACAUUCGUAUUUAUGGAUUCAUCACGCUACAGGAUCUAGACGAAGCCAUUACGUAUGUGCGAAGUGUGCAGCAAACGCGCCAAUUCGACAUUGACACUGAAAGGCCAGUUUUUGGUAAAAUUGCACUUCCCAAUGACAUACGAACGCGAGGAAGGUCCGUCAUAGUGGAGUUGUGCUGCAACUGUGACUUCGUUACAUCGAGUGAUAAGUUUGCGCAACUCGCGCACAACAUCAGGAAGACCAUCCAACGGUCCAUAGAUAUUAAUCGCAUAAACAUCGAUCAUUCGGAUACUUCAGGAGCUAUUGUCGCUUUAGAUAUUGGAUCCUGCAACGAUCUGAAAUGCGACGAUGUAGAUGGUAUUACAGUCGGCCAAAUGUUACAGCAAUCGUCUGCGGAAUUCAAGACUAAAAUUGUGAUGUCCACCGUCCUCGCUUUCGUCACAAAUCUUCAAAAGGAUCAUAUUGGUGUAUAUGUGCACCAAAAGGAAGGCAAGGAGGAAGGGGUGAUGGGGUCUAUUCUAGGUAUGGUCAGCCUAAGACACCAUGGCGUUAAUUCCGCGUUGUCCAACCAAGUCUCGGACACCCUUGCCGACAUAGCAAAGCAUUUAGCUAUACAAAUGGUCUGCAGUCCAUUGGAGCCCGAACAAUCGCAAGCCGAAGGAGCCACACCAUACAGGAUGGUCGCAUUGAACGACGUUCUACAACAACCUUGGAUGCAUCUGGACUUUGUACAAUCCAAAAUGCGUGAUCUUGCCACUCAAAUAGGAAUAGUCAAGCUCGAUGUAGCUGCUGAAGCACCUGUCGGGAAAACACUAGGUGAAAUAGCGAAGCUAAUAGGCGCAUCGAGCAUAAGUGUGCCGGGUGCGCUGUACAUGAAGUCAGGCGCAACACCAGUCAUAUGUGCCUGA